AUGAUAAGUACUGUACCACAUCACACUGAUGAACAGAUUCCAACUGGACGUAAAAACCGACAAGGUGAAGAAGUACUAAAACCCCGCGCUAUCAUUGAUUACAAUCAAGACAAAAAAGGAGUUGACAUUUCAGAUCAGAUGUCUUCUUAUUACACAUGCCUCCGAAAAAGUGUGAAGUGGUAUAAGAAGGUUAUUUUUGAGAUUAUUCUCGGAACAUGUGUUGUCAAUGCAUGGGUCAUACAUAGCUCUCACAACCAAGCUAAAAACAAACUUGACAUGCUACGAUUUAGAGAAAAACUUAUAGAUGGAUUGCUAUCCGAUACAGAAGAAAAUGGCGAUUCUAUAGAGGCCGCUGGAGAAAUAAGAGUAGUGCAUGAUGUUCCGGGUAAUACGAGUUCGAGAAAACGGGCCAGAAGUAGCCAUAGGCUAGGGAAAUAUGAAGGAAAUGCGAGAAAAAGCAGAAAAAGAUGCUCUAAUUGCUACAAGAUGCUCAAAGAUGAGAAAGGUAGGAAAGUGGCAUCGGCGCAAGCAAGUAAGGUCCUUACAUUUUGCGAAGACUGCAACGGACAGCCAACAUUAUUCCGUGUUUCAAGAAAAUCCACGAAUAGGCUAAGUAAUUUGUAUCAGUAG